AUGGUACCUCCUAACGUCGAACUUACUUGUCGCCCAACAGCCGGAGCGAAAAAGGCUGUCGGCGAUGUCACCACAUUUGAGCGUGGUUACAUACCUCCUAACUUUACCAUUAAAGAGAUUCGUGAAGCAAUUCCCGCCCAUUGUUUUGAGAGAAGUGCGUUAAAAUCGGCAAGCUAUGUGGCAAGAGACCUUGCCGUAAUUGCGGCGCUCGCCUAUGCAGCAACUUUCAUAGACGUCUAUCUACCUCCGGUGUGGCGUUAUGUUGCGUGGCCUCUGUAUUGGUUCUUUUGCGGUGCUUUUGCUACCGGUGUAUGGGUAUUGGCACAUGAAUGUGGCCAUCAGGCAUUUUCACGUUCCACGACUCUUAAUAAUACCGUUGGUUUCAUACUGCACACGGCUUUGUUGGUUCCAUAUCACUCCUGGAGGAUCACUCAUUCCAAGCAUCAUAAAUUUACUGGUCACGUGAGCAAAGAUCAAGUAUUUGUGCCAAAGACACGAUCGAGGGUUGGUUUAUCGCCAAAAGACGCGGUCCAUCACUCGGUAUUUGAAGAUGCACCAAUCGUCACGCUCUUGAACCUGAUUGGACAACAGUUAUUUGGGUUCCCGUUAUAUCUGUCCUUUAACAUGUCGGGUCAAUCAUAUGAUGAUCGUUGGGCGAAUCAUUUUAAUCCGUCGGCUCCGAUGUUUGAUCGUAGAGAUUUUUAUGACGUCAUAAUCUCAGACAUCGGAAUAAUUAUUGCCCUGUCCACCAUCUUCUAUUUCUCUUACGUCUACUCGUUUCUGACUGUAGCAAAAUACUAUCUGAUACCUUAUCUUGUGGUAAAUCAUUGGCUCGUCCUAAUCACCUAUCUUCAGCACACCGAUCCUAAACUGCCUCAUUAUCGUGAAGGACAAUGGAAUUUUGUACGUGGAGCGGCCACCACAGUUGAUCGUCAUUUAGGUUUUCUCGACGCCAUCUUCCAUAGAAUCACCUCCACGCACGUGGCACACCAUUAUUUCUGCAUGAUGCCUCAUUACCAUGCCGAAGAGGCAACCAAACAUCUUGCCAAAGUUCUCGGUUCAUAUUACAUUUUUGACGACACUCCUAUUUUCAAAGCUUUGUGGAAUAGUCACAACGAGUGUAAAUACAUAGAGGACGAGGGUGAGGUGGUGUUUUACAAAAAGAACUAA